GAGAAAGAGGACGCCGACGCGCGACGAUGGCGCAGACGAGCCGCUCAGCGUAACCGGAGCGGGCCAUACUUACGGAAUCCUUUUUCCUGAUCCGAGAAGGGUUGUGACGGCGCGGUGUUUCAAGCGGGCGCAGUCAAGUCAAGGCAAAUUGUUCUUCUUUCAGACGCCUAUGGCUGCUCAAACUCGACUCGCUGCGAGGGUAAUUCGAGGACCCGUAUUUGCAUCUCGAUUAGGGCCCACGAGGCCGCAGAUCGGACCGUUUUUUGGCGCAGCGGUGCGCUUUGAAAUGUGGAAAGCAGACAUUCCUCGCGCGUCUUUUGGACGCCCCAGAUGCAAUGUCGAUCGGUGUCCACUGGUGAGGGCCACUUGUCAAGGGCGUAGUGGCGCUUCAUAGCGACACCUCUUUGCACCUUGUCGGUCACCAUCACAGCCACAAGCAUCGCUCGCGGCAAUCAAAUGCAAUUGCAAUUGCGCAAUCUUCUGGACGGAACACAGGAAGGGAGGGGAGGCGCAGGGAGUAUUAAUGAAUGGCGUCCCAAGCACACACUCUACGCAGCGCAGCAUCUUUCUUCAAUCAAGGGGCCUUCUCUCUUCUCCCUCGAUCUCUUCUCCCCUUCAUCCCUGCCAACAAGGCCGAAACGCCUCGUCCUUGUCCGAACGUGACCUGAGCGGUGCACACACUGGCGCGCAAGACGAGCAAGGUCCUCAUUGCGCCGCAAUCGAAAGCAACACCCUCAGUGCGUGUCGGUCCUCUCGCAAUUCAUCAUGGAAAGGUGCACCUUCUGC